GGACCAACAGUUCCAGCGAAAGCCUGCGACAGCCCAGGAGGCCAUACGAACCUCGUCGCUUGUUUGACGACAAGAGAUUUCAGCGUUCUCCCCCCCUCUCUCUCUCUCUUUCUCUCUCUUUCUCUCUCCCUCUCUCUCUCUCUCUCUCUCGCUCUUUCUCUCUCCCUCUCUCUCGCUCAAUCAAUCUAUUUCAUUUCAUUCACGUCAGUUAUCUACCAGAACAGGACCGAUACAAUUUAUCGAAGUGUUUGCAAAGGAUUUUUCUACAAGUCUGAUGAAUGGAGACCAAUGAGGAAUUUCCAGCGCUUUGAGUUCUAGGCGAGUGAGGCUACCGAGGGCUUAGAAUAAGAGACCCAUCAAAGGGAUAAUUAACCUCAGCUCAUCCCUUUCCUUUUGUAUUAUGAGACAACGAAUGCGCGAUGAGGGUGCGCUGAGGUCUGAGUGAACAAUUUGUAUCUUCAAAAAACAACUCGGCACUCAGUGGUGCUUCUAGUUUCUGGACAAUUAGUUUUCUAACAGCGACAGCGAAGGAUCAUUUGCGUGUGCCUCAGCGAUACGUUUAAACAGUGAAAAAAAAGCGCCUUAAACAGUUUUCUUGUGGAGGUUUUCCUGACUAUCCAUGAACGAAUUGUGUUAAAGACAGUAGUAGUGUUUUCCCUGAGCGUGUCUACUUCCUGAAGAUUACAGCGCCGAAAUAUUAACGGCUUCUUCACAAACGAAAGAUUUUUCACAGUAUACGUGGAACUUUGUAUUAAUUGCGGAGCUAACAAGUCAUCGUUUUUUGCUCGAGGAUUCCAGAAAUACAUUUAAGCUGUUACACGAAUUUUCAAAAUGAGAGCAUUUUUUACUUAACAUUAUUUUUCGAAUUCGAAAGGAAGUCUUGGAAAGACUACGAAAUCUUCGGUAUACAUCAGCGAAACAUCGAAUUAUAUUUUAAAAUUCAACAACCAUGACGUCAAUCAAGUUUGUGAAGCCUCAGAAUGACAAUAAGAUUAGAAACUUCUCUCUUGGGCCAGAGAAAAGUCUUUCUCAACAGCAAAUGAGCACUCUCAAUACAAGUACGUUCGGUGGAGACUCCGAGAAUGUGGUUCACAUCACUACACCCAAGCGAAAGAAUGUCCAUAUCCCAUUGUGGAAUCUAUUCAUUACGUCAACUGAACCUACGCCUCACGCUGGGGAAGACAACAGUCAGUACAAGGAUGCCCACAAUGUGGCUGAUGAGAAAAGUUCAGCUCCCACGAUACCAAGUCUAGAAAAAAGUAACAACACUCAGGUUAAAUCAGCUGGAGCUUUCGAAGAUGCUUCAAAGAUGGCAUUCUUCACGUACGACACAAACGAAAAUAUUGUUCAUAGCUCAAAAUCUCGUUCUCCUUCCCGUGUAUCAGAAUUCCAGCGUUCCUCUUCAUGUGGCGUAAUUUACGGUUCAAUAAGCUCGACACAACAGGAAACCCCCACUGAAAUGCUUCUUUUAGCUUCCAAAGUUUCAAAACCGUCUAGAAAGUGUCCGAUAUUGAAUUUUUACGCCAAUUUCGGACAGGUGGAGGUGGAAGACAAAGUGUGGGACGUCCAAGACGAAGAAGUUAGUGGACUUCCUGAAGUUGGGACACCCACGAAACUUAUGUCUCCUACCCAGCCCAGACAAAGCCCGCGGGACUUUUUAGGAACAAACAACCACCAGCCACCGUGCAACAGUGACGCUGAAGCUGCCUUAGGGAGAGCUCCAAAAGGGGCACCGAAGGCGGAUGCAAAUGAGGAGGAGGAGGAGGAGGGGAUGGUGGAGGAAGAUGCCGAAGAGAACAAAUCGUUUUUCUCCCGACACGCGGGGACCUUCAGGCGUAGUGUGAGCGCAGCUGCCCUGGGCAGCUUCUGUCAGCCGGAGUCCUUCUUCAGCUCUAUCAAUGACGACAAGUUCUACGAGCUCGGCUGCUCUCAACCAGCUGGGAUUGACGACCCGAUCUUCCUGACCAAACAGUACAGGAAAGCUCGUAAAAACGCUUGGGGUAAACAAGACAGGGACUUUGAUAAGAUUGAAGAGCACCACAGAAACAAUAAUGGCGGAAGCAGUGACCAAGUGGCUUCAGGUUCUAAAAAUAUCAACACUACAAAUAAACCAGGUUCUCCUUACUCGUCCACCCUCGUUGAAACGUUUUCAGCCAGAUAUGGAGAUGCCAAAGAUCACCCGGCCUCUGAAAGGUUAAAGAGAAGGAGAUUUGCCCUCGCAGAUCCAGAACGAAUGAUCAUGAGUCAAGCGCUAAGGGAAAAGAUAGAGAAGGAAGUGGAAAAACGGAAAGCUUCUGUUACAAGGAAAGUUUCGCAGUUUUUCAACGUGCGCAUGGGUUUGAACAGAGAAGAGGAUUUGGUUUGAACGGCAUCAAACAGUUGAGAAUAUCCACUGACUUUCACGUCUCCAAACAGAAUAGCAGACUUUCGACCGAGACUUUGAAAAACAUUUCUAUUUAAUCUAGAUAACAAUUCCCUGUUCUUGGCAACGCUUAAGACUACUCUGGACACAGAAUGUCGGCUUUUUAAGACCGGACAGUACACAAAAUGUCGACUGUUUUUAAAAACUGAACAUUUUUCACUUGUCUUGGCAACAGAAAGAGGAGCACAUCUUCCAGGAAAAGGAAAAUAAUGAUUUUUCCAAAGGUCUGUCUGACAAAAAAUAGCGAGCUUCCGUUCAGUUUGACAAGACAGACGCUGAAAGGGUCACUUCGACGGCGUGGCACUUGGUUCUGUCACAGCAACGCGUUGAGAGGAAAUACUUCCAGACAGCUCCUCCACAUUUCGUCACGAGGAGCCGAGGAGGAAGAUUUCAGAAGUACUCAAUGUAGCAGGACGUAGUGUUACUGUCGUCCCAAGCCCUUUCUGUACUAAUGAUUGUACUAUUUUCGGUCAAGGAGUUGAAGCAUUACAGAUUCAAAACAGUUCUUUCAAAUCGCAGUUCUGUUUUUGAACUUCUAUUAUUUUUCAAAUGUUGGUGUUUUACGCCUCCACCGACACAUUUUAGAUUGUUUGUGAGACGGGCUUCGACUCUCCCUCUCAGGACCAUCCUGGGCUGAAAGGGACACAGCAUCCAAGCAGAAAGAUCGAGACACUCGAUUAAAGUCCUCCCCUCUCGGGAAACCGAACUAGAGUCUCCUGGUUUCGGCAGUGAGGGGCGUAACCGCUACCCCUUGAAGAAUUUCCGUCUUUGGCUUUCGGAGAGAAGUAACUAAUUAUUCCAAAGCAGUCGUCUUCAAGGGAAAGACAGUCACCGCGGUCAGCAGAAGAUCGAGGCAUGAGCAAUUUUGCGGACAUAAUGUGUUUUGGCAAUACGAAGCUGUUACAUCCAGAGUAGCCUCAGUUUCCCAACUUUUCGAUCGACUCUCACAACUUUGUUUUUGUGAACUUACAGAGCUGUCCUCUUGCACCAUGUGAAGACGUGACAAUAAUUAUUUACCGCUGUGCAGAAUUACGUAAAACACUUCAAUGGGUGUUAUUGUUCUUUAUAGCGUUCGAUGAGAGGGAGAGGGAGAGGGAGAGACACACAGAGAGAGAGAGAGAGAGA